CCCUAUAGCUUGUUAGAGCUGCCACAAGUUAUUCCGGUGCUUCUUCCUUCUCCACGCAGUGUCCGCAUUUUCCUUGUGUCUUUGGGACUGUCCGUAUCGACUGCUGGUAUUUCUUGUCGGCCGCUCCCGAAAGUCACAAGUUUGGAGGCUCUCCCCAUCCCAACCUCGCCCGCGGAGCAGCCCCUCCUUCAUUUUCAAAGGGUCAUUUCAUGAGUUUCAACGGCCCUGAGAAAGGGCGCUGGUAGUGUAUGCGUUCUUGAUCGCUCACCAUGCAGAAGAGCCAGAAAGAGCAUCUGUACAAGAUUUUAGUCAUUGGGGAUUUAGGAGUCGGCAAGACCAGCAUAAUCAAACGCAGUGUCCAUCAGAACUACUCCCCCAACUACCGGGCCACCAUCGGGGUGGACUUCGCCCUGAAGGUUCUGAACUGGGACGCGGACACCGUGGUGCGACUGCAGCUGUGGGACAUCGCAGGGCAGGAACGUUUUGGAAACAUGACCCGUGUUUAUUAUAGGGAGGCCAUUGGAGCUUUCAUCGUCUUUGAUAUCACAAGACCAUCAACUUUUGAAGCUGUGAUGAAAUGGAAGGAGGAUUUAGACUCAAAGUUAACUCUUUCUAAUGGUACAAACGUCCCUGCAGUGCUUCUCGCCAACAAAUGUGAUCAGGGUGGAGAAUUGCUGAUGAAUAAUGGUCUGAAAAUGGAGCAGUUCUGCAAGGAGAAUGGAUUUGUAGCAUGGUUCGAGACUUCAGCAAAGGAGAAUAUAAACAUUGAAGAAGCAGCUACAUGUCUGGUGAAACACAUCAUUGCCAGUGAAAGCGACCUGCUGCAAGCCGAAGUUUCCAGUACUGUUUCACCACAGCUCAACUCUCCCAAAAACAGCAGCUGCUCUGCUUGCUUUAAAUCAUAGGUCUGAACAAAGCACAGUGGAAACCUGCCUACAUACUCAGGAAAUAAUAAGAUAAUCAAAUAAAUUACCAAAAUAAGCCCAAGCCUACAGUUUUCCAAGGCUUUUAAACCACUGGCUUGACAUUUUCUUGUGCCUGUCAUCAGUCCUGUAAGGCCAGGGUAUCAGUGCUUGUGUCUCUGUAAUCCCUCGUUUCUAAGUAGAAGAUUGUGAAAGAAGUAUUAAUUGGAAUGGGUGGAUUUAUAUGGAUUACUUUUUUGAUGUGACAAAUUCCUUUGCUUUUUAGUAGCCAGUGUUAGUGUAGUUAUAGUAAGGCAAAUGAAACAUUUGAAAAUAAUUCCGUUCUGGCCAAUCAAUAUGCACAGAUUUAUAGGAGAGAAACUUUGUUAGGAAAAAGAAAGGAAUGUGCCUUUGACUUGUCCCAUAGAGAAGUUGUGGUAAACCAAAGAAUUGCAUUUGUCAGUGAGAGGAAAGUCGUUUAAAGAUACUUUGAUCACCAGGCUUUCCAUAGUUUAGAACCAGCACAUGGUGUUUGCUAACCAAUGCAAUGUUUCAAUGCAGAGUAGCUUCUAGUAUCACAACAUAAUUUCUGUUUGAAUGUCUUUAUCUGUGGUGGGCUGAAACCCUGCCCAGGGUUUGUUUCCUGCCUUGCGCCCUGUGUUGGCUGGGAUUGGCUCCU